AUGCCAUUCUACUACAUGCUACCCGACAAAGGUCGUAAGCGUCUCGGAGACGAUCUCGACAAACAAUACGAAAUCUAUACCAGAGCAUCAGCAGAACAAAUCGCCACAUCCCAUCGAGCAUCGCAGCAACAGCGGGAAGACACCAGAAAGACGCGCGAGGAGGCCAUCGGCUUUUUGGCGAUGCAGAAGCAGAAUUUUUCAGGACAACUGCAGGCUCUGGAUGGAUCGUGGAGCAGAGGAACCGGGACGGCUGGGGAUAAUGGCGAUGGCUACCACAAUAACAAUCACAACGAUAAUCACAAUGCCAUUGUUGCGGGAAAUGGUAUAGGACGCAGCGCAGUGAAUCAGGAGAACAAAAUGCAUGGCGGCAGUGGAUAUACAGGUAGUGAAGGAGCAGAGAAGGGAGUUAUGAACUGGCGGGUGCAAGUGCAGGAAACAGAUGUCGUCUAUUAG